UGUUUAUCAAGAAAUAAAUAAUGACGCCAUUUUUCACUAAUAAAAUCAUUUGAACAUAUUGAAUGAAAUUUUGUUUCUAUUUUAAGAAAAUAUUUAUAUUCAAUUGAGAUUUUUUUACAAGGAUAAUAAAGUGAUUUAUAGAAUAAAUCAUUAAUAUUGGGUUGUCAACAAAGUUCUGGCGUUUUUUUUUCUAAAAUCUUGGAGAACAACCUAGAAAGUUCUAGAAGUUUCCAUACUAAGGGUAUAUAUAUAUAUAUAUAUAGGACAUGAAUAUCUUUCGGAUGACAAAAAAAUCAUUGAUAUGGAUGUUGAUGUCGGACCAAAAAUCACUCUUUCUCAUAAAGAGAUUCGAGGGAUUUUACUUCACGAAUUCGUUUGGGCCACAAAGCAACGGAAGCAGCCAACAGCAUAUGCAGUACAAUGGACCAGAGUCUAGUCUCCACUCGUACCGCACAACGUUGGUUCAAUCAUUUCAAGAAUGGGGAUUUAGAACUCGACGAUUUACCUCGAUCCGGUACACCGAUGGAACUGGAUAUGGAUCUUUUAAAGCAGCUUAUCGAAGAAGAUCCUCGAUCGACUUUACGAGGUUUAGCAGAACAGCUUGAGUGUUCUCAUACUACGGUGGAAAAACAUCUGAAAGAAUUAGGCAAGGCCUGGAAAUAUGGAGUAUGGGUACCUCAUGACUUGUCAUC